GCCUGGACAGGCGGCUGUAGGAUCUUGACCCCGUCCUCAUAUUCUGCGCUGCUGCCCCGAGACGGCGCGAGGUCGCGGGCAGGGACCCUGAUGUCCGGUCCGAAUUCUCGGUACGGAUCCAGGUAGCCUGCUUUUGCUUUUGGUCUGUCCCUGAAUACUCGACGUUCGCGCUAGGGAAGAAGAGAACCCGAGGCUGAGUGACUCCUGCUCGGAUUUCUACAAGCAAGGAACAGUGUCUAGUGAGAGAGGCAGAAAACACCCGGUGGGACAGGUGACUGAGCUGAUAAUGGUCAGGUUGGCCCCUAGGUGGGGUGAAGCGUCCUGUCUCUCGCCUUUGCUCCGGCUCCGGGUCCGGCUGCAGGAUGAACUGUCGAUCAGAAGUGCUGGAGGUGUCGGUGGAGGGGCGGCAGGUGGAGGAGGCCACACUGGCCGUGCUGCACACGGUGCUCCUGCACCGCAGCACAGGCAAGUUCCACUACAAGAAGGAGGGGACGUACUCCAUCGGCACCGUCGGCAUCCAGGAUGUAGACUGUGACUUCAUUGACUUCACAUACGUGCGCGUCUCCUCCGAGGAGCUGGACCGAGCCUUACGCAAGGUUGUUGGAGAAUUCAAGGAUGCACUGCGGAACUCAGGUGGUGAUGGGCUAGGCCAGAUAUCCUUGGAGUUCUAUCAGAAGAAAAAGUCUCGAUGGCCGUUUUCGGAUGAGUGCAUCCCCUGGGAGGUGUGGACUGUCAAGGUGCAUGUGGUGGCCUUGGCCACAGAGCAGGAGCGUCAGAUCUGCAGAGAGAAGGUGGGCGAGAAGCUGUGUGAGAAGGUUACCAACAUCGUGGAGGUGAUGAGCCGGCACGAGUACCUGCCCAAGAUGCCCACGCAGUCGGAGGUGGACAACGUGUUUGACACGAGCUUGCGGGACGUGCAGCCCUACCUCUACAAGAUCUCCUUUCAGAUCACUGAGGCCCUGGGCACCUCAGUCACCACCACCAUGCGCAGGCUCAUCAAAGACACCCUUGCCCUGUAGGCCUCGCUGGAGCCUUGGCAGCUCCUUAAUGGUUCUGGGAGUGUGUUGCUGGAAUCUCGGGGCUCUGGAACCUGCACUAGAUCCUUGGUGAGACUUGAAGAGAAGCUCUUGGUGUCCUUGUUUCGUGGUUGCCGGCCUCUGGUGACCCUGUCACCGUUGCAGUGGUCUGGUCCUGGAUGCAGCACCGGCUUUGGUGGGGUUCACUUUCUACACUGUACGGUACGGCGAGGGGGCUGAAUAAAGCUGAGGUGCGAGUUUGUCUCUGUUCUGAAACAUGAA